AAUAAUUUAUGUAAAGUUUUUGUAUAUUUACGAUAUUUACAAAAACGAGGACUUUGGUAGUUGCAGCUUUUACGUUCAGUGAUCAGCUCAAUUGCUCGUAGUUAAUAUUUCAAAUUGAUACCUACUAGAAUGAAAGCAAUAUAAUUGGAGUGUGAAAUCCAGUGCACUUACCUGAACCGCGUGUUAUUUCGUGAUUCAAUGAUUAGCUGUAAUUUACAUGUAUAAAUAAAUAGUAAACGUAGCAUCUUCAGCCUUUCUCCAACUGACUUGUAUAGGAAAGUAAUGCUACACGUCGUCUGUUCUUUAGUAUUUCCAGUGCACAGAAGUGAUGGCUCUUAUUGAUUUCCUCUUCAGGUAAAAUGUUUUUCCUAAGUUUACUUUGCAUGCAGAAAAUUAAACAUUGUAAACCGUUAUAUCACGUGAAAUUUGUUAAAAUAUUUUUCGUGCAAAGUUUAGCCAGCUCAAGUAGCCAAAUCACAAAAAUAGAACUACCAUAGUUUGUACAGAAGGAGUGUCGCAACCACAUAUUCAUCAAUUUGUCUAGCAAGUUUGACACACCUGUCUAUCAAAAUACGAAUUAAAAUGCAAUGUUUACGUUAGGAACCUAUAGCUUUAUGCGUUCGUAUAGUUCUUUUUGAUUAAAGCUUGCUGCCAGAGUUUAAUUUUUAUUGCGAGCAAAACGCGGGCGGCAAGAGAAAGGACUAGAUUGGAUACCGUUACAGAAGCUGGCAACUGAUUGUGCAAUAUAUGUUCAAAAUGAUUCGGCGUCUGUUCAGUACUUUGAUUACUGAUUAUCCACCGGUAGGGGAAUUCCUUCCUACAGCAUCACCAAAUAAGAAUUCACAAGCUACCGGUAAUCCUAGUGCUUUGGGUUUUCGAGAACCGCAUCUCGCCUCCCUCAACUGGUUACACACGGUUUCACCUUGUUUUCCACUAUCCGGCAAUCAAAUCAACAUUAUAUACGAACCAGACAACUUCUAUAAUACUCUAGUUACACAAUGUGCCAACGCCAAACGAAGAAUUAUGCUAGCCAGUCUUUACUUGGGUAUUGGUCAAUUGGAAAACCGCCUUGUAGAUGCUAUUCAAGAAAGCAUGCGAAGGAAUGUGCAACUCAAAGUAGAUGUUCUGCUAGAUUUUUCCCGUGGAACGCGUGGAGAAAAAAAUUCCAAAUCCUUAUUGAUGCCAUUAAUACAGGACAGUGACAAUUUUCGAUUAUCUUUAUAUCACACGCCGGUCUUACGAGGUCUAACGAAAAAGUUAGCACCUCCGCGAUGGAAUGAAUUGCUCGGCAUUCAGCACAUGAAACUGUAUUUGAUUGAUGACACAAUCAUAAUGAGUGGUGCCAACCUUUCGAAUGAUUACUUUACAAAUCGGCAGGAUCGAUAUAUAAUGAUUGAAGAUCGCAAUUUGGCGGACUUCUACGCCAAUUUAAUAGGUAAAGUACAGGAGUUUAGUCUCAGAAUAAAUCGCAAUGGGGCAACAAAAUUACACGAAAAAUGGAACAUGCUGCCAUACAAAUGCACUCAAGCGCAUUUCGCUGCAGAAGCCAUGGAACGCAUACGAAGUUACUUCAAAGGAGCACUAGAACGGCAACAAAUUGUUUGUGAAAAUGAUAAAGCUGCAGACACCUGGGUAUUUCCACUGAUAGAGAUGGGACAGUUAGGGAUACAUCAUGACAGUAUAAUCACCAAAGACCUUCUGUCAGGUUGCCUGAAAGGAUCGAAACUAAAGCUAGCUACAGGUUACUUCAACCUGACGGAAACCUAUAUGAAUACACUGACAAACAACUGUGAAGCCGAUUGUAAUAUUCUCAUGGCGCAUCCGAACGCAAACGGGUUUUUGGGAGCCAAAGGCCCAGCCGGUGGUAUUCCAGCAGCCUAUUCGCUUAUCGCCAGGAAAUUCCACGAAAAACUCAAAGAAGCUGGCCAACAGAAUCGUGUAGCUUUGCUGGAAUAUGAGAGACCAGGUUGGACCUAUCAUGCGAAAGGGCUAUGGUAUUAUCUACCAGGAUCUUGUCUACCGAAUCUAACCUUAAUCGGGUCAUCCAAUUUCGGUGAACGGUCAGUGCAUCGCGAUUUGGAAGCGCAAAUCUGUGUGGUUACGAAAAAUGAAAACCUGCAGCGGAAACUUCAAACAGAAUAUGAAAAUAUCUUGCAGCAUUCGUCAAUAGCCGAUGCAGAAUUAACAGUCCGACCAGUGCCACGUUGGGUUCGGGCAGUUGUUGGUUUGUUUAGAAACUUUUUUUAAUUCAUUCGUUAAAAUACGGUAUUUAUUUAAAAGCCAAAAACUGAACAAAUUCAUACCAAAGAAAAAACGUACUAGAGUAUCUACGAGUGUGGCUAAACUCAAGAAACAUGAUUGUUAACCUUUGUCCGUAUGAACAGUUAUAUCGAAACACUGACUCUAAUCUUGCGCGGCGUUUCGUUUGAAGCUUAAUGCCACUAUCGAAGUAAGAAGAACAUGGGCGCCACGCUAGAAAUUGUAGUUUUUGACAUCGUUGCGAACAUUUAAUGUUGAUUCUUUACAUCCCAUCAUAACUGAUUUAAAAUUCUGAUCAUCUUUUGCUGUCGAUAACUAAUAAAUCGUCAACUGUCAAUUGUACGAUUGUGGCAGUACUUGAUUGACUACAUCCUAGAACAAAAUAAAUACCAUUUUUGUAUUGAUGAUUAGAGGAAAAAUAUUUUUUCAUGGUUCAGUUUUUGUUUGUGUACAAACAGUAUAAUCAAUAUAUAGCAUUCUAUAUAUAUUGAUUCUACUGUACAAACAUAUAUGACAACUUUACGUAAUUUUUUAACAUUAUGAGAUUAAUGGCAGAUACCAUUUUUCCAGUUUUUCACUUUCUCAAUACAUGCGACGUAACAAGUUAAACAGCAAAGCAUGUUUUCAUUUUUACUAGCAUAUAAUAGUUCACAAAACAGUGUCAUUUCAAUGGUAGUCAGUGCUAGUCGUUUGGUUUAUGAUAACUCUAGAACAAUUGAGAAUAAAAAAA